AUGCCGGGCUCGACGACCACGUCCAGUCAUGCCAGAUCCGCGUCUUUGGGGGGGUUCGAUGGGCGCCCAGAUGGCGCAAUGGGGGGGAAGCGGCCACUCCCGCACAUCGAAGACAUCACCUCCGUCACUGUCGACAUUGACACGCACACUCCCGUAGAGAAGGUCCUUCAGACUGCAGAAAUAUGUCUACGGCAAGCCGAGUCGUCGAAAAGCUUUGGCAGGCCCGACUUUGCUCUCAAGGACUACAUACGGACCAACAUUAUCCUCCUUGAUAUCAUCAAGAAAAACAAGGGAUGGGUAUCGCUACAGAGCGAUAACAGGGCGCAAUUUGAGCGCUACCAGCGGCUUGCCAAAGAUGUUCCUGUUUCUUCUCCGCCCAAGAACAAGCCCGUGGUUCACCCGAAACCCCAAGGCCUCCACGGUAAUGUGCUACGUCCGGGUACAGCAACGGCCUCUAUCAAAUCCCAGGACCUCCUCCAGCGCUUCGCAAACCUUCGGGCAGGUGCGCCCAACCCGUCCCAAGGCCUGCAUCAUAUUCGAACACAAUCGGCCGCGUCGUCGGGGUUACCAGAGACCCAAAAGCCCCCAAAACCGCUGCCUCCAAACCCACCAUUGACCGGCGCGAUCGCCGGGUUGCCUAGGAUGCCCGACGCGAUUUACAACCCGCCACGAGGAACUAUCUCGAGCGAAACGGCUGCUCUUCCCUCGAGUGCCCCCCGUGCCAUGUUCACGAGAACCAAUUCGGCAACACCUUCAAAGCCAGCGCCCAAACAUGCUCAGCCCCCUGAGGCUGUUGCACAUGCCCAUAAUUCCGUGCCUCCAGGCGCUCCGGCGAAACGGCCCAAGCUAACCAUCCCGGACGGCAUCACGAUAUCUGUUGAUGAUCUACUUGGGUUUAUGAGGACUGGGGCCAAAGACCUCUCAAUUCUACUCAUUGACAUUAGGAGCCGUGAGGAGUUCGAUAAUGGCCACAUCAUGUCACAGGCUACCAUAUGUUUAGAGCCCGAGGUGCUUGCGAGGGAUCAUAUCUCGGCGGAGCAGGUCGCAGAUAGCAUGGUUCUGGCGCCAGCAUCAGAGCAGCUGCUCUUUGAAAAGCGUCAUGAGUUCGACCUGGUGGUGUUUUACGACCAAGACUCUGAACAGAUUGUCCCCAGGCCACACACCACCAGCGAGAAAGCUGCAUCUGGCCUGUUCGAUGCGCUUAGCCAGUACGACUUUACGGGCGCAUCGGGAUUGCAAGUUUCCCCGAAGUUGCUGCGCGGAGGUUUAGACGCGUGGACGAGUCUGGUCGGCCACGCGAGCCUUCAGUCGUCCUCAACGACUACUUCGAAGAAGCACACGGCAAGCCCCAUGGCACGUUCAUUCCUGAACCGGCGCCAAAGGUACGUGACUCGGCCGAUCCAAGACCCGGCAGAGGCCAAGCGAUGGGAAGAGACCAUUGGGGAUGCCGGGGCGAUAUCCCCAAUCAGAACAACCGAGGAUUUCCUUCGUCGAUUCCCUUCCAUUUCCGAACAGCAUGAGUCGAUGGUGUCUCCGAUUAGCCCCCCGGCGAACCGGCCGCAGAGUCCUUUCCACCACCGCUUAUCUCACGAAGAGAACCUUUACACCUCGCUCCCGUCGCCACCGACACGCCCACCCCCAGCACUUCCGCGGAGGAGCUAUAGUGGGCUUGCCGAGGCCGAGGAUAACUCCGUCAUUCUGGCUAAGAAGACCGGGGCCCAAGUCGCCGACACGGUCCGGAAAUACCGAACAGGCCUACAGAACCCAGGCGUCUACUGCUUCGCGAACAGUUCCCUCCAGGCCAUGUUCGCCACGCCAGGCUUCGCGCGUGAGGUAUGGAGCGGAGAAUGGAAGGAUGCGUACAAGGUGCCUAUGAAGCCCGACGAAAACCUUGAGAAUCCCCAACUCCUCAUGAAAUGUUUGGCCAACCUCUUGCAUUGGCUCAACCAAGGGUCAUUCAAGUCUCUUGCGGCCAAAACGAUCAUGGAGUACAUCCACUACAUUCAUUCCAAGGGCUCAGACGGUAGGAUGAAGCAGGACUGCGACAUAUUCGGUGGCUGUUCGCAACAAGAUGCCCAAGAGUUUUACUCUUUUAUCAUGGACAAUAUCCACGACGAGACCAACGUCCGCCGCGACAGAAAGGCCCCAAAGGAGGAAAAGCCGUACACGCCCAAGACCGGCACUAUCAUACAGAAUGCCGUUGACUACUGGCGCGAAUACUCCAAAUCCAGCGCCUCCAUCAUCGACAAGUACUUCCGCGGGCUCGAGGUGUUCAUCUCGCGGUGCCACAACAGCGCCUGUCGGCAGGAGAUCCGCCUCUUUCAACCAUGCGACGUCUGGAUUCUCAACCUCGCCGGCAUGGACGAUCCGACGGACCUCGACAGCCUGCUCGCCAACCAUCAGACCUCGGAGCACUUCCCCGACCUGAUCUGCGAGACGUGCAACAAGCCCGGGCGCACGCGCAAGGCCAAAUUCGCGCGGCUCCCCGACCGCCUCGCCUUCUGCCUCAACCGCUUUAACAGCGCCGGCGGUGGUGGCGGGUUCAGCAGCCGGCUCAUGUCGUCGGGCAAGAUCCACUCCAAGGUGCGCUUCCCGAUCCGCGACCUCGACCUCACGCGUUACUGCGCCGAGCCGGACCCGGACAUGGCCACCACCGACGACCGUCAUUUCGCCGGCAAGAUGCGCUACGACUGCUACGCCGUCACCGUGCACGUGGGCCAGGGCAUCAACGGCGGGCAUUACUACAGCUACGUGCAGGACGAGCUGUCCAGGGACCCGACCGACUGGUUCCGGUGCAACGACGACAAGGUGGACCGCGUCAAGAUCGGCACCGGCCAGCCCGGAGAUUUGACGGAGACGAUGUAUCAGAAUGGGACGACCUCGGCGUAUAUGGUUUAUUAUCGGCGGCGGGGAACGUGA